AUGUGCAAGAUUUUUGGUCCUUCCCGUCGAUACGAACGAGAUGUACGGCUCAACAAGGGGUUGAAUAAUCCUAUAGAGUGUUUACAAAUCAGUAGAGGACAUCUUGUCCACCAAGAAGAGGAUGUAGAGCGUGGGGGACAACUCGAGGAAAGGCAUGGCGUAGAUAAAGCUGGUCCCAAUCGCUAUAAUGCGAUGAUGUGGAGGUGCCACACCAACGAAGUCUCUUCAUCCCACCCCCACCUCCUAUGGCACCAUGAAUGUGACGACAAUCACGGAAGAUCCUGCACGAUGCAUUGUGUGCAAGGUCGGCUUGAAGAUGGUUCGAGCUUUGCAGUAGCACUUGGCCCCGAGGGCCUGCAAUUGCAAAAAUUAAUUAUCGGGUCCAUAGUUCAUGUAUUUAUCUAA